UGCCUUCUGCAGGCUGGCUCCCAGCUUGAGAGCACUCUGCAGCAGGUGACUGUCCCUGUGAGCAUGAAGGAGGUGGGAGGCUAUAUAGAAAAACAAGUGGCAUACCUGUCAGGGGGCCGAGGGGAAGACUCCAGUGUCAUCAUCACCCUCCCAGAAUGCUCAGCUUUCAGUGACAUUCCAGAGGAAGCUUUAACCAAAGUCUUUACAUACCUCACUCUCAUCCCUCGGCAACCCGGAGUUAAAUUCAUCAUCAUUUUAGACCGAAGACUGGAUACAUGGGCAUCUAUCAAGACUGCUCUUGCCAGGAUAGCAGCUUCCUUUCCCGGGAAUCUCCACCUGGUUUUGGUGCUCCGACCCACCAGCUUCUUCCACCGUACUGUUACUGACAUUGGUUUCCGCUUCAGCCAGGAGGACUUCAUGCUCAAGAUGCCAGUGGUGAUGCUGAGCUCUGUCACAGACCUGCUGCGCUACAUUGAUGAAAACCAGCUGACAUCAGAGUUUGGAGGCACGUUGGAUUACUGUCACAGUGACUGGAUUGUUUUACGCACGGCUAUUGAAAGUUUUGCUGUAACAGUCAAAGACAUUGCACAGAUGCUUCAGGGUUUCGGAACUGAGCUGGCAGAGACGGACCUGCCAGACGAAGUAAAAGCCAUUGAGUAUCUCCUCGAUUCUCACACUGACAAGUACAGAAAACUCAAGGAUGCAAUCAGGUCAGUGUCGAAGGAGGGCCGUCAUCUCCUCUCCAGCCUGGAGACCACUGGGAAGGAGGAUGACUCCCAGUGGGAUGUGAGGCUGGACUGGGAGACAGUACAGAGGCUUCUUGCCCAGCUCAGAGACAUGGAGUCAGCCUUUGAUGGCUUCUUUGAGAAACAUCAUCUGAAGCUCCAUCAGUACCUGCAGUUGCUCAGAUAUGAGCAGAGCUUCCAGGAGAUUGAGUUAUGUCUGGAGCAUCUCAUGGCUCAGGAGAGGGAACUGUCCAUAACUGUAAACACUCUGGCUCAAGCAGAUCAGGCUCUCAAAAAGCUGGACAGUGUUGAAUCUAAUGCACAGGAGGUGAUGGCUCGAGCCCAGAUCAUCAUCCUCCACGGACACCAGCUAUCAGCUGGUCACCACUAUGCCAUGGCUCUCAUUAUGCAGCGCUGCAAUGAGCUUCGCCACUACUGUGAUACACUUACUGCUGCUCUAAAAACCAAACACUCUCUUCUCCUGCAAACACACCAGCUGCUGCUUUGUCUUGGGCAGGCCCAAACUUGGUGUGAUGAUGGAGCGUAUUUACUGGCCAAUCAGCUGGUAGAUAAGUUCCAGUCGAAGGAGGGGGCACAAGCUGCUUUGAGGGACAUUGAGAAGUUCCUGGAGGGGGCGCCGUCUAUGCUGAGCUCAGGAAUUGACAUCCUGGCCAUCGAGUACGAGGCUGUUAUCACACCUCAGCUUCAGGGAGGCUGCACAAAGCUGAGCAUAUACAGUGACGGUUUGAAGUUCACGUUCGACAUUUCUUUGCCUGGGAAGAAAACAUCCCGAAAGAGCCCCAACCCUAGAAAAAUAGAGGUGAUCCACGACUACCAGGAGAGCCGGAGCUGUGUGUCGUACAGUCUGGAUGGAGACGACAGCCCAGAUCUGUUGAAGCGUCAUGUGAUGAGGGAACUCAUAGAGACUGAAAGAAUCUACGUGGAAGAGCUGCUGUCAGUGCUGCUGGGCUACAGGGCUGAAAUGGACAACCCAGCCCUGUCAGGGCUUUUGCCACCAAUACUUCGCAGUAAGAGAGACAUUCUCUUUGGAAACAUGCCUGAGAUCUACAAUUUUCACAGCAGGGUUUUCCUCCAGGACCUGGAAGGCUGCCUAGAGGCUCCUGAGGGUGUGGGAGCCUGUUUUCUGGAGCGUAAAGAAAGUUUCCAAAUGUAUGAAUGCUACUGUCAGAACAAGCUGCGCUCUGAUGCACUGUGGAGACAAUUCUCUGACUGUGGAUUCUUUCAGGAGUGUCAGAAAAAGCUGGAGCACAAACUGGGCCUUGACUCUUACCUGUUAAAACCCGUCCAACGCCUCACCAAAUAUCAGCUGCUGCUCAAGGAGCUAAUAAAAUACAGCACGGAUGUUGAAGGCACCUCUGAGCUGCAGGGGGCGCUAACAGCCAUGCUGGACCUGCUCAAAUCAGUCAACGACUCCAUGCAUCAGAUCGCCAUCACAGGAUAUGAGGGUGACAUUUGCGAGCUGGGCCGUGUGUUGAUGCAGGGCUCCUUCAGUGUGUGGAUCAGCCACAAGAAAGGUCCCACACGGAUGAAGGAGUUAGCUCGCUUCAAACCAAUGCAGAGACACCUGUUCCUGUAUGAGAGAGCUCUGCUCUUAUGCAAGCGAAGGGAGGAGCAUGGAGACGGCUGUGACAAGACCUCCUCAUACAGCUUCAAGCACUGUCUCAAGAUGACUGCUGUGGGGAUCACAGAGAACGUCAAGGGAGAUGUGAAGAAGUUUGAGAUCUGGUACAGUGGCAGGGAGGAAGUGUAUGUGGUUCAGGCUCCUACAGUGGAGGUGAAGAUGGCCUGGCUCAAUGAGCUCCGAAGAAUUCUAACCAACCAGCAAAAGCUGCUUCGAGAUGAAGCAUAUCAACAUGGCCAAAUGGUCGAACACAUGCAGCUCUCUCCGCCGCUCCCUGAGAGCAAGCAGCAGAGAGCGUCAGUGAGCUCAGAGGACACUGAGUCAGGGAGGAGCAGUCCAGACCCCCAGCCACACUCUCCUAAACACCAGCACAACCGUAGGAGUUGGCCCGGAGCUCAUCACUCGGUAGACAUCUGCGAGGGUCUGGAGGAGUGGCCUGGAGGUCGGGACGGCUUCCACCCAUCUGACACAGAGGACGAGGUUUUGGUGCAACUGUCUCCAGGCAGAUAUAGGGCUUUAGCUGACUGUCUCCAAAAUGGACCAGACAGCAUCACCAUUAAAUGUGGAGACGUCAUCCAACUACAAUGUGAAGACAACAGGGGGCGCUGGCUGGUGAAAAAUCUGAGCCGGCGACAGGAGGGCUUCAUAGCAGCUGCCAGCCUGAAGCUGAUUAUAGGAGACAGCAGCCGAGAACACUCCUCCAGACUAGGGGACCCGGGGAACCUGAAGGCGAGAAAGCUCAGCUCCCCGUAGAGAAGAAAGCACAGAAUGUGAAUUUAAUAUGUACCUGUGGAUGAUGAACAGACAGAAAGCAAAGACUGAGUCAUAGCUGUCUCAUAACUGAUGCACUAUCAGCCACUCUCUCUUCACCUCCCAGUGUCUGUCUGCUUUUGUCGGCACAGUUCAGUCAUUAAGGAGAAAAAUGUGGGAAUCAACAGACCUGAUUUUUCUCCUGGUGGCUCUGACUGAUGAUCCCCUGACGUCGAGUUUCCUGAUAGUGAAAAUGUGCAGAGGCACCAGCACAAAUGCACAAGAGAUGUAAUAGCCCCCGUUUGGACAAUCAAUGGCCUGGUACAGCUGGAUCCUGUUUGGUCUUCCUCUUUUCUGAUCAGUGAAUAAUAUCUUGUCCCUCUGGCUCUCCACCUGCAACGCAUGCAGUCAAGACGUGAGUUUGCAGUGGGUCACUUCACAACCUGUGGACUCUUCAUUCCAGCUCAUACUUGAGGUUACGGUGUCACUGAGUGCUUGAGUGUUUGUUUGUCUGGUGCUGGACGGAUGCUAAUCCAGGAUUUGCCUGAAACAUUUCUUAAAACGGAGAUUGUUGUACAUAAAGGGUAUAAUUUUUAACAUUUACUUGUACCUCAGUGUCUCACCUUCUGUGUUAGUUAGUUGACAUUUUUCCAUCGAACUACUACAUUGUAUUUUUCUUAUAUCUCGUUCUUUCGGCACCACUCUUCUGUACAGUCUGGGAGUUAAAAUGCCAAAAUGUGCCAUGCCAUAAUGCCUUUUUUAUUCCUGCUCUUUUGGAGUCUCUUGUAUGUACUGUUUGCAAAAUCAAAUACCCAGUUCUUGCUUUAAACUGACCUCACAAAUGUUCAACAGGCACUUUACAAGGGUGGAAGGACAAUAGAAGGUAAAAUCCACCUAUUGUCUACUGAAUGUGUUCUUUGCUUGCUGCUUUACCUCACUUACUGUGUACUUCCCCUGAUUCUAGCUGUUGUUUCCUUUGUUUAUCUUGAAUGUAUGAUGUAUUAGGAAGGCAGGGGGAGACACAGCCCCCCCUCCUGCGUGCAGGCAGCGGUUGACAUGUCAGCGAUGGUAAUGUAAGACACAGACGGACAUGAUGAAGAUUGAUGGCAACGUAUUCCUCUGUGUGUGCCGUAGACAAAUGGGAGGCGUGUGCCACCGAGCGCAAAAUACUGUCAUUUUUCUUCAGGAUCUUUUGGGAGCCGCCUGUCAGUCAAUCACAGGAAAGUGAGGGAGAGAAAGAUGAUGCGGUGUGUACGCCUUCAUCGCUGAGGCAGAUUGUUUCCUCCUCAGCAUUACAGCUCAGUUAAUCUCGGGCUCCCCAUUAAAAGGGAUCAUACAGCCAACAUGAAAUAUACCCUCUGUGUCGAACACUUAAUUAAAUAUUGAUUGCAGGCUUAUAUGAAUUUACCACAUCAAAUUGAGGCCCCGGUCUGAAGGCUGCCUUUGAUACGCUGCGUUUGAUAUGGAAAUGAGUCAAGAAAGCAGCAGGGACCGCUGCACACUACGUAUUUCCUAUGUUGUUAAUUUAUUUAUUUUGCUGUCAUGUUGUUCCUUCAUAUUGUGAGGUAUCUGUGUAGUCCCAAAUGAAAUUAUGUCUCCAUAUAUUUACAGGAGCUAUGCUUGACUCUGCUACAGCAACCCCCUUUAUUUUUCCUUUUGGCCUAUACGACACAAUCACAUGGUUUCUUUGUCACUUCAAUCCAAAAUGCUGCAGAAUUUGCACAGAUUUUCCAGGUUGGAAAACAAAACAAAAAAAAAAACUGCUUGAAAUAUGAUGUAUCCCAAUGAGCCAAGUAGCCUAAGCUUGUUGCUGAACUUUUCUUUUCAUGAAAAUGCAUGGCAACUGCACACAGAGCAGUCACUGCUCGACACUCGCUUUUAUUUAUUUAUUUUUUUUGUACAACUUUGGUUAAGUUUGUUAAAAACAAUCCAAUGAAAAUAAGGUAUUUAUUGCAAUAAUUGUUUUUUUUGUUUUGUUUUGUUUUUUGUUAAAUAAUGGAAAUAACUGUUGUUUUCACAUGGUGAUGUGUUUGGCUGAAAACUAAGGCUAAUCUUUUUCACACACUCUGAUUUAAUCAAUUAUUUCUGCGCUGUCGUUUCACUGGAAGUUGGCUUAUGUAAUAAACUUAUGCAGACUCUUCU